AUGCAAUAUAAUAUUUUACAUUCUAUAGAAAUGGUAGAGAAGGAAACAGAGGAACUGAUGGAACUCAAGGAGGGACAAAUGUUAGAGACAGUCAAAAGAAAAGAAAUCAAGAUGCUGAAGCAACGUAAGCAACACUUUUCAUUGUAUAAAUUGGGUUUAAAAGUUAAGGGUGGUAUAUUUACUGGAUCACAAGUAAGGAAAAUGCUGAGGACAAAUGUUAGAGAAAGUCAAGAGAAAAGAAAUCAAGAUGCUGAAGCAACAAAUGGUAGAGAAGAAAGAAACAGAGGAACUGAUGAAACUCUAGACUCGAUAAAUGCUAGAGAAAGUCAAGAGAAAAGAAAUCAAGAUGCUGAAGCAACAAAUGGUGGAGAAGAAAGAAACAGAGGAAUCGAUGAAACUCUAGACUCAAAUGGGGAAGAAGAAAGAAACAGAGGAAUCGAUGAAACUCUAGACUCAAACGGUGGAGAAGAAAGAAACAGAGGAAUCGAUGAAACUCUAGACUCUCUUCAAAAUGAACGUAUUGAUAAAUAUCAACCAAGUUUAAAUUUCCACUUUUGUAACACAACUGAAUAUACUAAUUUCCAAAGUAAUGGAUCAUGUAAAGAUAUUGAUUUGAUGUUAGCUGUUGGUUAUACACUUGUGAAUAACACAGUACCAAAAGAUGGUGGACCAUGCUAUUUUGAAAAGUUAAGAAUAAGAAAGGAAUUAGUUUGCUGCCCUGGUUGGUCAGGAACUAAAUGCCACAUUCCUUUGUGCAUUCCUCCUUGUAAAAAUGAUGGAAUAUGCUUUGCUGCUGAUAAAUGUAAUUGCGAAAAUGGAUAUGUAGGCUACCGCUGUGAAAACAAAGUAUCAGAUACAACUAGUGUGCUGAAAUAUUGUUUUGAGAAAUCUGUUUGUUAUGGUCUUGGAUACAAAAAACUUGCUGGCAAAGUUGUAACACUUGCUGACUGUUGUAGUCAACGCAACACAGGAUCUUGGGGACUUAUUGGAAGAGAGUGCAUCAAAUGCAAUUAUCAAAAUUCUACAAUAGGUGAUGAAUCCCUAAAAACAGAUUCAAGCUGUCGAAGCGAAGGUAACAGACUUUUUAGAACAUUUGAUGGUUCUUUUUUCACUCUCCAGUCACCUAAAUGUGUGUAUAACCUGAUCGAAUUUAGUAAUUUCUGGUGGGUAAGGAUGACAGUUGCAAAUUGCGUUCACCUUAAAAACUGUGAAAAGACAAUUUUUGUAAAAUUUGGAAACACAAUAGUGACUAUACAAAAUGGACGUGUUCUAUUGAAUGGAGAAGAAAUGGAUAUAAAUGGAGAAGUCAAAGAUGGUGUUGAAGUAUCAAGACGCUAUAAUUAUAUAGCCAUUCAAUUUUCAGCCAUUCCAAUAGAUAUAUUAAUGAAUAAAAGACAAUAUGUCCAAAUUGUUCCAUCAGAUUCUCUUUUCAAAAGUCCUAAACUUAGAGGGUUAUGCAGUAACUAUGAUGGUAAUGAAAACAAUGACUUCUUCAAUCGAGAAGGUGACAUUUUAGCAAAUUCAGAAGAAUUUAUUCAAGCAUAUAUAACACCACCAAAUAAAUGCAAAAAUAACAAACUUUCAACAUCACCUGAUGACAAUUAUCCAGAAGCUAACAAGAUUUGCCGUGUUGCCUUUACUUUCUAUAACUGUGAUCUUUCUGAAAAGAAGCCAGUUUUAAUAGACAAUUGCUACUCGAUGAUCCGUGCCUGUGAUACUGCAGAGGAAGCUAUGGCAGCAGCAUGUACAGCCAUCGAAAGUAUUGCCCAUCAGUGUUUUUUGAUUGGAAAUGAUAUUCCAAAGUGGAGAAAUGAAAACAUUUGUCCAAUUACUUGCCCUGAAGGGUUUGAAUUUGAUGAAUGCACUGCCCCCUGUCCUAGAACUUGUGGCAACAUUGAUGAAAUUAGUGAUUGCGAUUUACCUUGUGUGGCUGCUUGCCGAUGUCCUGUUGGAAAGUUUUAUGAAAAUGGCAAAUGUAUUGAUAAGGAAGAAUGCCCAUGUGAAUAUGAAGGCAGGAAAUUCGAUGUGAAUUCUACUGUUAAGAUGGAUUGCAACCUUUGUGUUUGUAAAUCUGGUAAAUGGGUGUGUGAAAAGCAAGAAUGUCCUGGAACUUGUACAAUACUUGGUCGCAACAGUAUUAAAACUUUUGAUAAUUUGGAUUACACAAUCGAACCUGUUUCUUGUCGAUAUACACUAGUGCAAAGUAAAUCAGAUUCACCAAAGUUGAAAAUAUCUCUGGAAUUUGGUCCAUGCAGCAGCCCAUAUCUUGAUGAAUUUAAUUGUUCAACUGGCCUCAAAAUUGAAACUUCAAAUCUCUUUGCUAAAAUCACUAAGAAAGGAUUUUUUGUCAAUGACAACUAUAGAUCAGAUAACAGUUUUUUCAGUAAAGAAGUUAUUAUAAAACAGGCAUCGUCUUUGUUUUAUGUGGUGGAUGGACUGGAUUUCCGUAUUUUACAUUAUGCUGGUGCCCAAACUUAUAUCACUUUGAAGUCAAAUUAUCGAGGUUUGGUUGAAGGUCUCUGCGGCAAUUUUGAUUCUAAUAUCAACAAUGAACUUGUUAGCCGAACUGGUUUGCUUGUUCAUAAAACAAAAUUUGCUCAAGAAUUUAUUGCUUUCUCUUGCUUUACUCCACAAAGAGAUGAUGUGGAGUCCGAACCCUGUGAAUUUAAUAUAAAUUGGAUAGAAAAAGAAGAAUCAGCUUAA